CUUAUCAACAGUUACAGGCAAAACCACCUCGUGGAAACCAAAGUGUUCCAACCCGGCAUGUCCCAAGGCAGCCCGGAUCGGAUCGCAUCAAGGUCAUGUGUCGAAAUACUGCAGCAACAUUUGUGGCAUGCAAGUAGCUCGUGCACGUCUUGAACUCGCUGACAUUAAGCGCAAUGCUGGCGGCUGUGCGGCAUCCUUGGGCAUUACCGACAUUGUUGCUCGCCGCGAAAAGAAAGCUCGACUGGAAUCUCUCUCUGACAAAGACGAUCAGAAACGACUAUUACGACUUCGAGAAGCAAAGCAGAGAAUGAAGACUGAAAUAAUCACUGCUGAUCGAAAACUAGCAUUUCUGAAAGCUCAGGUCCAGACAUCAUCUCCAAGCAAAGAAUUUUGCGGCUUCGAUACGCGAUUGCUCUGGCCUGACAGCGUAUGGCAUUGUGUGUGUGACGAGUUCUCGAAAUCGGAUAACGGUCGGACAGUAAUCACCAAGUUUUCGACGCCCAAUAUGCAUGAGGAUUACAGCGUAUGUUCUGAACCACGGUGUAAUCGCCAUUUUGGGUGGCAAAAUCUCAAGAUGCAGGAGUUCGAGCAAGACCGUUCCGCGCUUUUUAAUUCCUUGGCAACGUUUGUAAGACAACGUAAGCAAAUUAAAGCCCGAAUUCGAAGACGACGAGAAGGUGCUUUGGAGGAUACGACUGAAUGGUUAGCUCAUGCUACAAUUACACAUACCAUUACAAAGGAACAGUAAUAUAUAAUUUCCAAAAAAACCUCUAUGUACAUAGUACACUUUAUUCUUAAUCAAAUGCUGCUAUCAGUCAGUUUUAUAUAGCAAUAACUGUGUGAUUCAAUUAUAGGUUCGUCAUAAUGGCAUUUGCUCCUUGUUUUAAGUUUGAAUUUGUAAUUUAUUAAUAUGUCAGUUUUAUUAUGUUUUAUAUGGAGUAUG